AUGUCGGAUCUUGAGAAGGAGGAACACGAAGAUGUUUUGCAAGAUGAAGCCGAGGAAGAGGAAGAAAAUCCAAUACCGGCCGACAUAGAUUCCUCUGAGGAAGAGGAGGAAACUGACGAGGAAGAGGCGAAAAGGGUUGCGCAAGAUUUUAUAGUCGACGAUGAAGAGGAAGAGGAAUUAGAGGAAAUUGCUCCUCCUCGAAAAAAAAAGAAGCCAAAAAAGAGAAAACGAGAAAAAAGCACUGAUCUGGACGACGAAGAUGAAAUAUCUGACGACGACCUGGAUCUAUUAGAGGAAAAUACCGGCAUUAAAAUCGCUAGAAGCGAAGAGGAACCAGAAGAAUUCGAAGCUGCUGAGGGCAUAGAAGCGCUUCUGGAUCCCAGUGCACUAAAACAGCUGAGGAUGACCGAGGCCGAUAAGUCUAUUAGAGUUAAAGAUUUGCCCGAGAGGAUGCUUCUUCGGCCCGACAUCGUCGCCGAUAGGAAAUUGACAGAUAAAGAAGUCGACGAGGCUUCUAAAUAUAUUUGCGACGCUUUGGUCGAAUAUGAUGGUCGUCGAAAGUCUCAACAGUUAUACGUGGCAAUUAGAAGAGUCUUGAAAUGCCUUGGGCAGGAAUUUCUGGAGGUUCCAUAUAUAUACGCCUAUAGACGUGAUCACAUUGCAGAGUUUCUCAGUGAUUUUUCUGUAUCACAAGAAAUCCUCGAUCGUGCCGACUUGUGGCAUAUAUAUGAUUUAGAGUACCAAUGCAGGUUAUUUAUAGAGAAGCGAGAGGCAAUAGAAAAGCUGUUAUCAAAAUAUGAAAUCAAUAAUGAAUACAUGACGGACAUUUUGGAAUCUUCUUCAAAUCUGGAGUCCUUGUCUGAUCUACACGAAUAUAUACAUCAUAAAUUUUGGAGAGAAAUUGCCGCCACGAAAUCAGAUAGCUCGGCUUCCCGUCGUCGCUCGAAAAGAACGACAUUCUAUGAGGCCUGUUUAAAUAGGGGUCUCGACAAAUUGGUUGAGUGCAUGGGAGUAGAUGUAGAAAUAUUUUGUAAAAGUUUUAUUGAUGAUAGUCUAAAGCACUAUCGUCCCUCCGAAUCCAAGGUUGAUCCAAUUGUUACAGAACAAUUUUUCAUGAACCCAGCGGAAGAUUUAGCAACCGAAAAGAGAGGGCAAAUUAAAGUUACGAUCGCACUGGAACACGAAGAAGAAUUCAUUGAAUCAUUAAAGAGGCAAAUUACCAACAACUCUACCGAGAUAGAUAGAUCAUGGAACAAGUAUCGUGUAGAUGCUGUUAAUCAAGCAUUCGUCAAAAUACUACGUCCGAUUAUGGAAAUUUGGAUAAAGUCCCGUCUCACCAAUGACUCUGAACAGUGGGUCAUGACAGAGACGAUGAAGAGUCUUGAAAACAGAUUAAACAUUCGUCCAUUCAGAUCUGCUAGAAUGGACGCUGACGAAAUUCCCCGAGUUGCGGCUUUAUCUUGGGGGAACGGUCGUCGUAAUACAGAGUGUAUCUGUCUCGAUGAGAACGGUAAACUCAUCGAGUCACUUUGUUUUAAAGACUUGAGAAAGAAUGAUGAAUUCCAGAGGUUUGUCAGAUUCCUUCGCGAGAACAAGCCUCGGGCUAUCGUGGUGCGGUGCUACGAUGGCCGGACCAAAUUCUUGCUGGAAACGGUUCAAGAUGGAGUCGAAUACUAUAGGAAUCACGGGGGCGAGGACAUUCCCGUAAUGGCGAUAAACGAUGAUGUGGCGAAACUAUACAUGUUAUCUCAGCGUGGCAAACGGGAAUUCCCGGAUUAUGACGGUGUGGUGAAGUAUUGCAUCUCAUUAGCCAGAAUGCUGCAGUGUCCAAUUAGCGAAUAUGCUGCGCUUGAAGAUAAAAUAGCGUCAAUCGUAUAUCAUCCGUUACAAAAACUGCUACCUCGGGAGAAACUUCUGGAAUGCCUACAACGUGCCUUCAUCAAUAUUGUCAACGAAAUAGGCGUCAGCAUUAAUGAUGUUAUACAUACACAGAAUAAAAUAGACCUUCUUCAGUAUGUAAGCGGAUUAGGGCCACGUAAAGCGGAAGUUUUGGUUAAAAAGAUCUUAUCUGAGGGAAACAUAGAGUUAGAAAAAAGAGAGGAUAUGCAAAGUAAUGGUUCAAUGGGAAACAAAGUAUUCACAAAUUGUGCAGGCUUCAUACGAGUUCGUCCGAAGCGGGUUGGAUCAUUUGAUGAUACCAGAAUUCACCCCACGUACUACAUUUUGGCACGUAAGAUGGUCUGUGAUGCUCUUGAUUUGGAUGACGAUGAAGCCGAAGAAGAAUUGUAUCACACCAACAAUCGUCGUGUUGAUAUGCUCAAACGAUUAGCAGCUGAACCCGAAAAACUUAAUGAUCUAAUUUUGGACGACUAUGCUAAGAGUCUUUCGAAAUAUUACGAGUCACCGACUAAACUUAUCCUUCAUAACAUCAAAACUGAAUUAAUGAAGCCUUACGCAGAUCCUCGCCGAAUUUUUGAAAUUCCCACGCCCGACCAAUUAUUUGAAAUGGAAACGGGUGAAACGGACGAGACUCUCUUUACGGGUUUGAUUGUGGCCGCUGAAGUUACCCGUGUUGAGGAAAGAGCUUUGAAAUGUUGCCUUACCGAACACCAGUUGGAUGGCACCAUUACCAUCGGCAAUCUUGUGGACUACAGGAUUACGCCGCAAGAGAUGCAAUCAAAAUAUGCUGUGGGUCAGCUGCUUAAAGCCAAAAUCAUAAAUAUUGAUAAGAAAAAAUUCACCGUGGCUUUAUCUACCCGCUCUCGUGAAAUGAGUACUGGUAAGAACCUGCCUUUAACGCGUAGAAAGCUUGAUGAAGACUACGACUACGACGCUGAAGCUCUUUACACACCAAAGCAAGUCAAGCCCAAGGUAAUUAUUGCCAGAGGCCCGACUCGCGUAAUUCCCCAUCCAAUGUUUCAUCAGAAAACCUAUAUUGAGGCUAUCGAGUAUCUCGGGGAUAAAAGUAAUGGUUCCAUCGUUAUCAGACCAUCAUCCAAGGCAAUGUUGGUUCCUAUUCACAUUAUUACAGAUAUUGUUGAAAAGGAAAGAGACGGAGCUCCGGUUGGUCGCAGGUUAGAAGUAGAAAAUGGAAGAUAUGUUUAUUCUGAUCUGGACGAGCUUAUUGUUGAAUAUGUGGAACAAAAAGCACGAAAAGUUGAAGAGUUGACGAAUCAUAUGAAGUUUAAACCAUCGGAAGAAUCUCUGAGGAGUUUUCUGGAUAUGAGUUUGAACAUGAAUUCCAAACAAUCUUCGUAUGGCUUUUGUCUGGACGUUGAUAUUCCGGGAGGAUUUUGUCUCAUGUUCAAGUGCAAACAAAAUUCAAACAUUGAAACCUGGGUAUGA